AUGACCAGGGGUGCUUGGAUGUGUCGGCAGUAUGAUGACGGCUUAAAAAUCUGGUUUGCAGCACCCCGGGAGAACGAGAAACCGUUCACUGAUUCAGAGAGGGCUCAGAAAUGGCGACUGUCUCUGGCAUCUCUCUUGUUUUUCACAGUCCUGCUCUCUGAUCACUUGUGGUUCUGCGCCGAGGCAAAACUGACCAGGACCCGAGACAAGGAGCAUCAUCAUCAGCAACAGCAUCAACAGCAACAGCAGCGGCAGCAGGAGCAGCAACAGCAGCAACAGCAGCAGCAGCAACAGCAGCAGCAACAGCAGCGGCAGCAGGAGCCCUCCUGGCCAGCGCUAUAUACUAGCAUGGGGGAGUCCUCGCCUACCGUACAGGCACACAGACUCCUCUCUUCCUCAUCAUCACCCACCCUCCCCCCCUCUCCUAGCAGCAGCGGGAGCAGCCGCGGCGGCGGCGGCGGCGGCGGCAACGGCGGCGGUAGCAGCAGUAGCGGCCACAGCAGCAGAGGACAAAAUAAUCAGAACAAGGCUAUUUUUCUAGGAAACUCCACGAAACCUCUGUGGCGCCUGGAGACGUGUUACCCUGAGGCCGCCUCCUCAGGCCAGUGCUUCAUAGUUGAGGAUGCGGACUCUGUGUGCCAGAGGAACUGGAGUCAGGUAAUAGAGGAGGAGCCCCAGCAGCAGGUGACAGGGAAGCAUAAAACUCCUCACUUGAAGGAUUUCUACCUUCCCUUUUGUAAUUCCUAUACAUUUUGGGAGUUGUUCUCUGGGUUGUCCAAUCCAGACUCUUUGAACUGUAGUCUGGACGUGGUGCUCCAGGAGGACAGGAAGAGGACGAGCUGCAGGCAGUGCGUUGAGGCUUACCAACGCUAUGACCACCAUGCUCAGGAGAAAUACGAUGAGUUUGAGCUUGUGCUCAAGAAAUAUUUACAAUCGGAUGAGUACUCGGUGAAAUCGUGUCCUAAGGAUUGUAAG